AUGGUUUACGUUCAAUAUUUUGCCAAUUUCUUUUUAAAAAAUUCCCAACCUGGCUGAUAUAUUAUAACAUCCAGCCCCGAUGCAGAUGGCCGAGAAAAUGAUACUAUAAGUGUAACAGGAUGGUUAAUUACGUAGGGAACAAAUUUCUAGCUAUGCCGUCCCCGCCUGGCCCUGGCAGAAGGGGCAAACCCAAGAUAUGCUGGUUUGAUGUCGUCAGGGAUGACAUGCGUGCCAAACUGACAACUAGACAUGUCAACGACUGUGCGAAAUAGAGACGAUAAUGACGGAAAACGGACCCUGGGCUCCGAUGCUCAAUGGCUGGCGAAGGAAUUGGAAAUAUUCUCAGAUGAGAGAGAGAUGGUAAAAACCAGUCGCAUAUUGCUGGGAUCGUGAACCGGCCCAAUCUUCCGUCGUGAUUACGUGAUAAAAUUGAGUAUCUUUCUACAAUGAGUUUAAGGAAUCUAUAUUUUAGAUAUAUGUAUGUGAUUGAUUGUGAUGUCAAUGCUGAGACACAACUGCUGAACGUAUAUGAAAUAUAACAGAGAGGUUCUUCAUUUAACACAUGUGACCACUGACAAGAAUCCUAAUAGGUCAAAUAAGAAGUACGUUUCUAUUGAAGAAUAUACAACAUACUUUUAGUUGCAGGUGCAACCGCGGGAAACAGGUAAAAUAUUAUACAUACAGUACAACCUACACCGCGAAAUAUGUGACUGGCGCGAAGGAAAAGUAAAAAUGUGUGACAUUCCCAAACAAAUGAACUGUAUCAUAUGGUAAAUUUCAUUAAUUGGCAAGUCUUUGCACUGCACGUCGAGCACAGCGAAAUGAUCAUGAAGAUAAUUUUCUGUAGAAAGAAACUCAUUUAAAAGUAAGGAAAACUUAGCAGUGCCCCAUUUCAACAAAGAAACAAAUCAUAGCGGUUAUUUCGUAAGAAUUAAUAUUUGUGACUACUUGAAGUUCUUGACAAGUAAUUUAGUUUUUUUUUUAAUAUGUUCUGAGAGCUAAAGAAUCUCCUGUGCAAGGAAAACGAUUACACUGACGAUUAUCGAGCCAAAUGCAAGAAUAUGGUGGCACUUCGUCAAACAAGGAGUUCCGCGAGGCAAGCGGGGACGGGGGGGCGCGGGAGCGGUCCGCGGCGCACCAGCCCGAGGGCUUCCAACCCUCGCAACACCAGUACUCCAUGAUCCAGCAGAAGAGCUAUGGAUGUGCUAACAAGGACCUCUCUGAUCCAAACAUGGCAACGUAUUGCCGAGUAGCGACGGGUAUAUACGAAGCAACUGCGUCGAAUCAACAGUAUCAGAAUCCAAGAUACAACAACGCGUCCGCUCCUACUUUUAGCUCACCCCCUAAUUCUCCUCUCGUUGGUUUGAUUUUUGAUCCGUCGUCUCCAAACUACAGCGGGCCAGGAAUAUCAGGAGAUAGAGGCCUUAAUGCCAAUAGACGAUCACAGAGCACGUGGUCGAUUUCCAGUCAAGAGCCCAUUGGAACCGGAGCGAAGAAAAAAAUAGUCAGAAGCCAGGAUAAGCGAAUUUCGUACAACUCCGAUCCCCGUUAUCAGGAAAGAUACAAAGACACUACUGAAACUGAACGUCAAAGAAAAUCAGAUAAGAACUUGAGUUCGGAAUCCACUUCAAGUCUAAAUUUUUUCGUGGAAGGGGAACGAAUGGUUUCUGAACUGUGCAAUAUAUCAGACUCUAACUCAAGGCAUGAUGCUAAUGGACACAAACAGAAGAAUAAUUCAGAUGUCGAUAAAAAUAAAACUCCCGAUCCUUCUGAAACUCUGCAGGCAGUUUUGGACAAAAUUGUUAUUCAUGAUCAAAUACCCAAUCAAAUAGUUCAGUUGGCAAUAGAUGCUUGCACCGACGCUGAAAAUAUAGCUAUUACUCACCACAACAGACCCUGUUUCAAGAACAUACAUUCUAUUUGCGCUAAGACCAGAUCUAAUGUACAAAAGCCGGAUAGUGCUGUUCCAAAUUUACACUCGCAGGGUAUUCCGUGGGUGAUCAAAAAUUUCAUAUUUUCCUUUGUACGUAUUUUAGACGGCUGGAAAGGUGCUAAAGAACUGUUGAGUGAAAAACAUGAGACGUUUUCUAGAAUUGAAAAUAAAUAUUACAGUCCAAAUAUACGACAAUGUUUUGUGCAAUGGCAAGCUGUGACUAAAGAGAUGCUGACACAUAUGUACAAAACAUUUAAAUGUCUUGAUCAUGGAUUUACUAUGGAACAAAAGAGUUUUACACAUAAUUAUUAUGCCACAAAUUCUGCGGCACCGAGACACCAAAGUCAGAACAAAUAUCAACCAACGAAGCCUCAUGUUAGCACUCCAAGACCUGUGAAUGCAUCACCUCAACCUUUUAAUGCAGUACAACCUCCAUGGGUUCAAAAUCAAGCUCAAGCAUCUACUCAAAAUUUUAGCGAGAACCAAUGGCAACCAAGAUCGGCUGUUACAUACAAGAAAUUUCCGGUGAUUCCUCCACCAAACUCACACAAUUUCUAUCCUCUGAAUGAUCAAACUGAAAUUGACAAUUAUCAGAAAGCGCAAUACAAAUGUGAUCCUUGUAGUGUACGUGAAGCAAAGCCUCGACAAUCGUGGACCAUCACUAAUGUUUCUGACUUUAGAGCUUUGGAAAAUAUGUGUCACGCAGACCAGAGAGAACUAUACAAUCAACUAAAACACAAGAUGGAUGCAGAACUCGGAAAGGCUCCUGGUCAGCCUCUUUUAGGAAAUAUGCCAUGCGAUCUCUUGCAACGAAGAGAGAUGGAACUAAAGGCUAAAAUGAUUCCUUUGAGUCACGUUGAAAAGUCUUUGAUACCAAGCAUGGCGACAGCUGCGGAUAUGAGAGGUUGUUUCGUGCAGAAAAACAACAGCGGCGGAGAUACAAAAGAAGAAACUGAUUUUUUUGCGGCGUGGGGUCAGAUGGUCCAAAAAGAACCUAAUGAUUUUAUAACUCAUCACUCUCACAACAUUCCAAUCCCAUCAAAUGUUGUGACGAUUUCAAAAAAUAUUUCUGGCCCCGUGCAAUUUAUUGAUCCCGAAAAUGAUGAGUUUCAUGAGAUGUCCAAAGUAUAUAUGAAACCUGGAAGUUACAAAGUGCCUAUUAAGUCUACAGAUCCAUUUUUGCAAGGCAACUCUGAUAUAGUAUUUGACAAUCCGGUUAUUGACGAUUUAUCUUUAAAAAUGAAACCGGCUUUUCCAUCUAUUACCUUGGCUCCUCAACCAAAGUAUAAUCUCGAGUCUUGGCCUUGUAUGAUGCCAAGACGUUCUGAAGAUAUGUGUCCAGAUGAACAAAAGCUCAUAUCAAGACCGGGCAUGUCGAAUAUUGAAAUAAGAGAUCCCUUUGAUAUCCUUUCCUGUGUGACGUCUGACCGUGCUUGGGAAGCUGCCAAGCAAGCUGCUCCUAGAUUAAUGGAUUUUAUUCAUGAAGGGUCCAAAUCUGACACGGCUCGACUAUAUGAUGCGUUGGGAUUGGGUUCUACAGGAGAGUUUGCGGUUGAUUUGAAACAACCUAAGUUAGGAAUCGAUCAGACUGAUGUAUGGGCAGCUGGAUUAUCUUCAAAUAGUUUUGUGCCAAAAGAAUUGGCUGCUACUUGGAACCAAGAUGUAAAUCAACAAGACAUUUUACUAUCUAAAGAUCAAGAACAAUCUAUAUUUACUGAAGAUAUUUCUAAAUUGCUUGAUUGUGAUCCUAAACCGAUAGAAAUCGACGAACAAGUAGAAACGCUCGACUCUUCAAAAGAUUUGAAAGAAAACGCUAGAUGUCCCAAUUUUGACCAAACUGGGAACUAUGUCAGAGAUGAAAAUCAAAAGAAAGGUAGUGGAAAAUCCAAAGUUACUACGUCAGGCAUGUGGUAUCAUCCCAAGAAGAAGAAGCCAUUACCAACAGCAACAAUCAAGAAAUUUGAGACUAUUCUGUCAAACCUUUCCCAAAUUAAUGAAGCUAGUUUUAUCCAACAUGAUAUGGAUAUAAAAGUUGCUCCUAGAUUUUAUGAAGUCGUAAAGUAUCCCAUGUGUCUUCAUGAUAUUGCAACGAAGUUAAAGAAUUCUUCUUAUACCGAAUAUGAUCAGGUUGUUCAAGAUUUCAGACGAAUUUUCAAUAAUGUUCGCCUGUACUUGAAGAGUUUUCCGGACGCAAACAUGAAAAAAAAUGUCAACAAAGUUUCGACGGACUUUGAGAAAAUGUUAAAUGAAGAAUUUAUGAAAAGCGAAGCCAAGGCGAAGACUCACGAUAAUGCAGAAUCUCAUUCUGUGUCGAAUAAAAAGGAUGAGAAGGAUAGCGAUGCGAACAUUGCUGAUGCUAAAAACGACGAGGGUAAUAAGAAAACAGUUCCAAAUGCAACAAGCGAUGAUAAAAAUUAGAGCCGUUGUUUGAAUUCAUCACGAACUAAGUAACAUCAAAAUUAUAAAGCAAAAAUAAGUACCCCAAGUUUUCAGACCACGAUCAAUGUGUCGUGAUAUUUUUGGAAAUUGAUUUUAUAUUUUAUUUCUAUUUUUAUUUGUUUCAUUAAGGAGCAUCCAAUGGUUGCUUGAAAUUUACAAUUUGUUAUUGUUAACUUUCAUCAUUAUCGAUAAAUUAGUUAAGAAACUUCUAGUCAACAGCGAUAUGAUUUUUUAAACAAAUGUCAGUGAAGUUAUCAGAACUAUUACUUCUUAAGGUUAUCAAUUUAAUGUGUAAGUGCUGCCAAUUUUUCGAAAGGACAUUUUUCGCUUCCAGAAUGGGGCAGAACUAGAUUUAUUCUUUAUUGAUUCUCGUCUUCUUCCUUGCAUAUUUAAUUAUAGUUUGUAAUUUGACUUUCUUCUUUUACUUUACUUCUAGUGAUCCGUGUUGAUUUUGUGUGCAGAAAAACAAAUUUAUGUUUUGAUGCGAUACCAGAUGAGUUACUUUUUCUUUAACUGUCAAUAUCAUCACUACUAACAUGUUCCGAGUGAUCUGUUGCCCACUCCGGUGGCGCGUCAAGCGGUUUCUAAAUAAAUACGUUGAGACUACAUAUAAUAAUAGAAUAUCAGUUCUUUUUUAUAUAGCUAUCUGUGAUGUAUAUUUAGGUAAAAGUUAAUAAUUGGAAUCGUUUAUCACGCUUAAUUAACUUUACGAUUUACUUGCAACAAUGUAAAUAGUUAAAAGUAGUAGCUGUACAAAAAUUUAACCUUAAAACUUUAAGUUCCCUGGCAUCGCGAUUGCAGGAUGUGUUUAUAUGAAAUAUCUAGGUGGUUCAACCUCAUGGGAAGUUUAAUUUAUUCGCUAUGUUGUAAUUGUUGAUACAUCUGCCGUACAUUUGGAGUUAGACAUCCCACAUCUCGAAUUAGUGGGUCCAAGCAAACGCCUAGAUUGGUUUUUGCCUAACCACUCUUUUGUGAGUUGCACGUCUUUUUAUACAUAAAGAAAAAACAGAAAAAACCCUUACAGAUCAUCAGACCCUUUAAUUGGUCUGAUGAAACAAGAUCUACGGAUAAGUAUCCAUAGCCAUAAUAAACAAUUCAUUCAAAUUCGGCAAAUGAAUCAGAAAUGACACCACAAAAUUUGGAUUUACCAAUCGUCUGUGUUAAACUUCUUAUGAUUCUUGUCUUUAUACAUAGCACCAUUUAAUUUUGACCUUUUGUUCAUUUGGUGGUUCAACAUUGAUUGUUUAAUAUUUUUAAUUGAUUUUUGAGCCCAUUUUACCUGCCAUAGAGAAAUAAGUGAAUUACUUGCGACGUCGGCAUUCGAGUUGUGUUUGGCAAAGUAUUUGAAUUUUAAUAGUAUUUCGUGUAAAUUUUAAAUUUAAUCUUGAAGACGUUCGGGUUAAUUUUAAGUAUUCAUUAAGUUGUGAUGUUAUUAUUUAACUUAUUUACCUAAAAUUAUGGCAAGGAACUCCUAUGAUAAUAAAAGAGUUGUUUCGUA